CACCAUCAUCUCAGUGCUCGCGAUCUAGACUGCCAUCUGGCCUGGCGCUGAGUUGCGCUCUUUCCUGGAGCUAUGGCUAACACGUCGGAGACUUUGCUGUCGGCUAUACACAAAUGUGUUCAGCUUCUUCCUUCCACGGCGCCGCACCCGUCCUCCGUGCACCAUCCAUUCAGCACGGACUCGGAGGAGGCGUACCAGCAUCUUCAAGAUAUCAUGAGGAAUGUGAACUCUAUCGCGACCUCUCUGCUUGAUCAUCGGAAUGUGAAGUUUUCAAACCCGAAGCUUAUAUCUCUGCUUCGACAAGAAACUCAGAUUAGACAUACACUGCACGUCACAGCGCACAGUACAAAAACAAUAGGAGAGGGUUUGCGGAAGAAGCCGUCGCUUCGCUAUGGCGAGGAUAUUCCUCUCGACCGUGCCGUCAUCGUGGAUUGGUGCAUCCAGCGCUUCGAAAGCUGGGCGAAGGCUGCCGGACUGGACGCGUUCUGGGAUGAAGACACGUACAAAGCGCAGAAAAAGACGGGCAACUUCGUCAUGACAAUUGGUGGCAAAGUCCUGGUCAUCGACGCUGAUCUCGCGAUAGACAGCACCGACCCUUCAAAGCCGACCGUGCGAGUAUCCGGGACUAAGACGGCGUACGCAUACGCGGAUGGGGCACCGUCAACCGAAGACGGCCCCGUUUCGUUGGACGCUUUUCUUGUGAUGGACUUGCAGAAGUUCUUCGAGGAGGUGCAAAAGCCCGACGACGAGCGUAAUCCUGUGCGCGGGGCGAAGUUGGCCGAUGUCUGCACGGAGCACCUGGCGUAUCUCAAUUUGCUCGACAAGCUGGCGGCGAGGCCAGGACCUGCAGGUGGCCUACGAUGGUUCAACGUGUUCGACAGCUUGUGUCACUCGCUCCAAGCCUUCGCGAAGCGAGAAGCGGAAGCCGCUGCCUCGGUCCUAUCAGUAGACCGACCACCACUAGACAUUUUCCUCCUGCGCGGGCAUGCUCUACCGCUACCAUACCUGACCGCACCUACCGUAUCCUUCCUCGCGCACAUCUCCCCGCGCGCCUACCUCACCAUGCUCCGCGACACCGGUUCCACCAUCCCCGACCAUGCCUCCUGGCCCCAAUUCGACAUUCCCCAAAUGCAAGUCCGCCACUACGUCUCAAAGGGCGGCGCCGAGGGCAUGACGGCCGCGACCCUGCGCCUCGUGCGCUGCGACUACCCCUCGCUCGUCCCCGCGGAGGUCAUGCCGUUCACGGAGCGGCCGACGUUCGCGCUGAGCCCGGGCAAGGCGGAGAGCGAGUAUGCGUUUCCGACGGUGGAAGCGGUGGGGGAGGGGGAGGGGAGGGAGGAUGACCCGAUGGGGGGAACGGACGAGUUGGUGAUGGCGCGGGGGCAGGAGAGGUAUCAGUGGGUGCUGGACUUUACAGAUGGGGGGAGGUCGGAUGGGGUGGUGAUGUCGCAGACGCGUAUGCGGGACCUCGAGCUUCUGAUCAAUCCGGAGAGUGGGAUGGAUGCGUCGCUCGACGCCGUUGGGAUUGUUGCGUUCGCGGAAGGAAGCUGGGUCGAUUUGCUGCUCAACGCGGUCACAUCGGAGCGUUAUACAGCCGUAUAUCAAUCACCAACAAACGCCCAUCCGCCACUACAGUUGCGACUGAUAGCGCCGGAAGAGCCUGGCUACUUCCUUCAGAAGGUGCCUGUGCGCACAAUGAAGGAAAUUUGGGGCGUUCUGGAGAUCGUCCGCGAGCAAUGUUGGCUCAAUGAGAUGCUGACGGUCGUGCAAUGGCAACCAGAGGGCAUCAACUCAAAACCGUCAGCUGGCGUCACGCCAAACGGACCACCAGCCGAGAGCGAUGAAGUCACUGACGAUGAACUCGCUGCCCUUCUCGACGGCACCAUCACCCCCCGCAUGCUCCCCGUGAACGUCUUCCUCCCCACCGAGGCGCCCGCGGCCCUCUUCGGCGGCAUGAGCGACGACCUCGACCUCUCGAAGCCGCGGAGGCCACGCAUCGUCAUGACGUGCCCCGAGCGGUCAUCGAUACCGGGGCUGGUAGAGAUCGUAGUGCGGUACGACGAGACGCGCUCGCGGGGGGUCGCGGUGGAGGUGAACGGCGCGAUGGGGUCGGGGUUGUCGGAUGAGGUGCUGGAGGAGGUAUGUAGGAGGGGCGGGGCGCUGGGGUUGGCGGGGAGGGUGUGGAGUAGUUCGCAGUGAGAAGGCAAAUGUGCGACGUGGGAUGACAAGUCUAUUGUGCAAGCACGAAGUACAGUGAGAAAAGAAAUACCGAAACGAUGAUGGUCAAGAG